AUGUUUCAAAACGCAGAUGGCAACUUCACGGGACAGUUCGAAACGAAGGCGAUCUUGUCGGCGAACGGGCAAGUGAACUGGGAAGUGCCCAUGAUAUUCAGAUCCUCGUGCAAAAUCGAUGUCACCUACUUUCCACAUAAUGUUGCACUCAACUAUAAAUGCGUAUCUCCUCAAAAAGAAGUGGAUCUGAUGAUGGGCGAUGUCCAGGCAGAGUCAGUCCUCGCCAAGUUUGUAAAAAACGGCGAGUGGGACUUCCACCACGUCGAGGCUGUUCGACACAACUCGCUCUUUGCCCUGCACGACAACGAAAACGACACUCGCAAAGCAGGGCACAACCAUGAACUGACGCAAUUCGACGUGUUCGAUCAUCCAGACAUUCAAUUUCGGCUGGUGAUGCGGCGCUACCCGCUCUUUUACAACGUCUUCCUCAUCACGCCAUGUCUUCUCAUUUCAUUCCUCACCGCGCUGGUUUACUAUCUCCCGUGUUCUUCGCAUCAGAAAAUCACCUUUUGCACCUCAGUUCUGCUAGCGCACACUUUCUACCUUAUGGUGAUAGCAGAAAUCAUCCCCUCUACUGGCGACACGAUACCUCUGAUUGCCGAGUACUUGCUCCUCAACAUGAUUUUCAUCACGCUUUCCAUCGUGAUCACUACUCUAGUUUUGCCAAGGAAUAUACAUUACCGCUCGCCUUCCUCUCAUCCACCACUGCCGGUGUGGAUGCGCCACUUCUUCCUCCGCUUGCUACCGAGAGUGCUUUGCGUGUCGCCGCCAAAUGACGAGCUUGGGAUGCUCCUCGCCAAACACGAAUGUCAGCUUACACUACAUCUACUUAUAAAUGGUCUUCCAGAGAGUGAAAACAUCAUCCGCGACCAGGCGAGGCGGCUCGCCCGGGCCGACCACAUUCCCGAGGAGUUUGUCCAGACCGCGUCCGACAUCGACGACAUUUCGCAAAAGUACAAAGACGAGAUUCGAAACCAAACUGAAAUCUCCGAGUGGCGUUUUGUGGCAAUUUUGAUGGACAGAAUCUUUCUCUAUCUUUUCCUGCUCGUGUCGUUGUUUGGGAUCGUGGUGCUCUUCCUGCCUGCUUGGGUCGACUACUCUUCCAAAGCCAACAAAUAG